AUGGAAGAAGGAAGUGAGAAAAAAUUGCCAUGUCAGAAAUGUGGGGAACAUCAUCAAACUUUAAGACUGUCUCUUAGGAAAAGAACCAAGAAAUGUUUCUCAAGAUCAAAGGAAAGAUUAGAAGAAGCUGUGGGUCCGAGUCAUGAAGACUGGCUACAGAAUGCUACAUUACAGAGACUUGAAGGCAGAAAGAGAGAAGAGGAGAGGGAUUUAUUUACUUCUCCCUUGUCUCAGUGUUCCUCCCAACUCACACCAGAUAUCCUCAAAUUCCACAGAGGAAGGACAUUUGAAUCUUCCCCGGAAGUCUCCACAUUUGAGCGACUUUUGAGUUCUCAGUCCACUACUAGCAGUCCAAGGGCUGAUUGGCUGCAACCAUCUCUUGGUCUAAGUCCACAAGGUUGGGAGGUUGGGGCUUUAUCCCAGACCAUAACUUCGGAGGAUGCUUUAAUCAGAAGUCUGGGGAUCACGGCUAACGAUUCUAUGACAUCAUGGACAAGUUCCUUGGCAACACCCUCCCAUCUCACCAUAUCUCCAGCUGUCAAGCAAGAUUCCUGUGAAAAAGAGUACACAGAUUCAGAAAAACAGAAGAAAGUACCAAGGGCAUUGUUUUCUCCAGGACUUGUUAAGAGUCAGGAUGAACUGUGCUGUAGUUUUAAUGAAGCAGAAAAGGCAGAAUCAAAAGAAGAUUUAGAAACUAACUCAAAGAUAAUAGUUGACAUCCCUGUGAAAUCUGAACCAACAGAGUGGGAGAGUGAGCCUAUAUUUUCUCAAGAACUCUUACCAGAGGAUUCAAAUACAAUAGACGAGAUUACGCCAAGUAAAUGUGGAAAAUCACCUAGCUGUUUAGAAAAAGGUCCAUUGGUGGAACAUAAAGCUGUGACCCUGAAGCAAGAGGUCAUUGAUGAAACCCUGUCUGAUUUCUUUGAUCCACCCUCUAAGUCUGUAGGAAAGCGUCGAGGUGCUCCAAACAGGGGACAGAAAAGGAAGUCGUGGGAGGAUUCAGCUGUAAAUGUUGGCGUUACUAUAAAUAAUUCUCCCCUCUCGACAUCUCCAGUGAAGGCUGUUAAGGAUAGACCCAGCGCAGAAAAGUACAAGACUCCUGUGGAAAGUAACAAGAGGGUCAAGUCAAUUCUAUCUAACGAGAAGAGAAGGUCUGGACGAUCAAGUACAAGGAAACGUGUGACCUUCAGUCAUACUGAAGACACUGCUGAAGAAUCUAACACAGUGAAGGAAGCUAAUAAUACAAACAAAGAACUUGAUACAGUAAUAAAGAUGGAGAUACCUGGUCAGUCUUUAGAACAAAACUCGUCUGACCUUCCAAGUCAUCUGACAUUGAGCAAGGAAUUGGUCUCCCACUCAGAGAAACAAAGUGAUGAGACUACUGAAGAUGUAGAUGAUUUGUUCUCCCAAGUAUCACCGACUUCAUUGAAUGAGAUGUGUUCCCUUAAUAAUGAGAAUCUAUUAACAUUUGAUGAAAACACAGUGCACUCUAAUACAUUAACAAACAAAAGUGAAAAAUCCCCCAAAAUCACUGAAAACAUCCAGAAACAACAAGUAAAUUCUAAUGACAAAGAACAAAGCAAAAUAAAGUCAGAAGAUCAGAAGAACAUAAAUUCUAAACAAAAGGAAACCCCAGUCAACUCUAAUUUGUCCAGCCUUAGGUGUAAGAACAGAAAAUUUUCAUAUCCUACCAGUAACCAGAUCACAAAGUCAUGCCCCAAGACUGUAUAUGGCUAUAAAGAAGUGGAGUCACCUUUCCAAAGCCAUCAUGUGCCAGAUGAACAUGGUGAUGGUUCCUUGGCGAUACAGCAGGAUGAAGCAGUGGUGAGUCAGAGACCAGAGAUUGAUGUCAACAGGCCGACACAGACUGAGAACCCCAAAGUCAGCUCAGUUCAAGGGUUUCAGAAGUUCUCAUCAUUGCAGACAGUUGUCAAAAAGAAGGACUGUUCAAAAGACAUCUCUAUCCCCAUUAAAGAGGAUCAUGAAAUGGUACAAAAGUAUAGCAGUGUCAGAUCAGAGAAAGCAAGUCCAUUACCAGACAAAAGAAACAUUCCGUCCACCAUGUCUAAUACAGACAAGCCUUCAGAAGACACCAUACACUACACAAAAUCAAGUUAUCUCCCUUGUCAAGCUUCUACAGAUAAUUUAGCAGUAGAUACACCCAGGGAAACCAAAGAGAUAUUUCAGGGAUUCUGCACAGCAGCUGGUAAAAAGUUUUCUCAAACGAAAGAAGCUUUACUGAAAGCAAAGGCAAUAUUAGAAGUAGAUACCAGUGAAAUAGGGGAGAAAACUGUGCAGAAACAGAGCCAUUCAGAGAAAACACACAUCAAUAAACAUUUACUUCAAAGCAGAGCAAACUUUGAACAAGCUGAAGGAGACAAGAUAGAAAUUUCUUCAGAGUGUAUUGCUGGUUUUCAAGGAUUCCAAACAGCAAGUGGAAAGAACGUAGAACCAAGUGAAAAUUCUCUGAGAAAGGCUCAAAUGAUUAUCUCAGAUGAGGGUGAUGCCGGAGAAUUUCCAGAUACAGGGUGUGACAAAAAUACUCUAGAAAUAGUGCCAUCUGGGGACAGGGAAGGAGGUGAUUUGUUGAAGGGGGCAAAUUUUAAAGGUUUCUCAAGUGCAAAUAAACUUCACCUUGAAGAAGGUUCUAUGAAAACGGCAGCAUCCUCUAGAAAUUUCGAUACUGGAAAGCUGAAAGCCAAAGGAAAAAACAUUUUCUCAGAUAUAUUUGAGGAAUUUCAAGUUAGUGGUAAUCUUGAUUCAGACUUGUUCAGUGGAUUUAAGACAGCUGGUGGAAAGGGAUUCAGCAGUGCAAAAGUUGUUCUAGUAGAAAGCAAAGCAGUUUGUACAGAACUGGAAGGGAAGGGAGAUAAUUCUACUGAAAUUGAUGAGAAGGAAAUUAUUCAAACUUUAUUUUCUGGAAUAAAGAAGAAGGGAAUAGGUGAUCAUAAACCAGAACCAAGAAGCAGUUUCCCAAUAAAACAACAGAAAGCUGAUCAGCAGAUGAAAUCAGCAUCCAUUGCUGCAAAAUUCCCUCCUGGCUCAAACAUUCCUAAAGGCUUUAGACCAUUUAAACCACCUCAAAUUUUAGUUAAGCCAAAAUUGAAUGACUCCAUACAUAAAGUAUCGAAUAUUGUAGAAAAUCCUAAGCAGGAUGAGACCAAAUCUGAGAUGUCAUAUGAAAAUAAAAUGAACGUAAGUAAAUGUACAGAUACAACCUCUCAGAGAAAAAGCAGUAAGGAGGAGAAAAUGGAUGAGAUAAGUAAUAAGGAAGAAACAGUUGCUGAAAAACCUGAUGACAGUGCAGAUUUAAGCAAUCUAUUUUUGAACGAUAUGUUUGAUGAAGAAAUGGAAAUCUCCCAAAAGUUAACCCCAGAAGCUGAGAGAAAAGUCAAUGUAAAUGACGCAAAUGGAAGUAGGGUAUCUGUAGAGAGAGAAGAAGAAAACACGCCUUCGCCUUCUGGUAAGAAGUUGAAAGAUAAAACUGAACUGGUUGAUAAGCAAGUUAAAAAAUCAUUUGCUGGAAUGACAGAACCUAGUUUUAGUGGAUUUCAAACUGCUUCUGGUAAAACAGUCAGCAUUGAUGACGAGAGUCUGAAGAAGGCAAAGGAACUAUUGGAAAAGCAAACAGAAGAAAUUUCAGAUAAAUUUGAUGCUCUUGAUCCUGAGAUUACAUUCAAAGAUAAAGAAGUCAUUCUACAUACAGAUCUUCAACUCUCAAAUUCUAAUCCUGACUUAAAAGGAAACAAUUUAAAUUUGAAUCUAAAAACAGAAGGCACUUUGAAUGAAUCAAAUGAUAAACCUAGGACAGUGAAUUCCUCUGCAUUAGAAGAUGAAGGUUAUGAUAUGACAAGGGAAUUCAAAGGAUUUCAGACAGCUUCAGGUAAAAGUGUAAGUGUGCAAAAGCAAUCUCUAUCUGUAGCAACAGAAUUAUGGGAAAAAUCACUUGGAGAGGAUUUUCUGAAGUCUGUACAUGAAAACAGUAAAAAUGAAACAUUCCAAGGAUUUCAUACAGCUUCUGGCAUAACUGUAAGUGUAUGUGAUGAUUCCACUUUAGAAGCCAGAAAGUUAUGGGAGAAGUUCCAUGAUGUAUCCAGUAGGAGUAAAAACAUGGAUGGCAUGAAAAGUCCUCUAGAGGAACCUGCAGACAGUUCCAGCCCUAUAAAACAAGUGGACUUCAGUGAAAGUACCUUAUCAGGAGCAAAGAAACCAUUAGAAAGUUCUUCAGCAGAUAAUGCACAAACAAUUAUCAGUUCAUGUGGCAUCGCAAGGAAUGUACCAAGUCAAGAUAAAAUUUCAUUUGGUGGAUUUCAAACAGCAUCAGGGAAGGUGGUUAAAGUGGAUGAAAAAUCUGUCGCUGAAGCAAAAAAGCUUUGGGCCUCUUCUUCUGAAGAAAAUAAUGAAAACUUUCCAGAAUCUGUUCUGGAAAAUUUAUUUCAUGACAAUUUUUCACAAAAUGUUACAAAAGACACAAAUUCAGAAGUGAACCUGGAUUCCUCAAUACCUCUUAAAGAGACAUCAGAAAAUAUCCAAGCUGUUCCAAAGGUAAAUGAUUUAAAAUCUGCUGCUAAAUCACCCAGUAUCCCACAGAAAUUUCAGAGCAUGUCAGGAAAGGAGAACGAAAGUUUCCUGUCAUCUGUUUCAGUUAGUCCUUUUAUUAGUGCCUCAGGGAAAAGUGUUCACAUAUCUGAAAAGGCUUUAGCCCAUAUAAGUGAACUCAAAAAGUUAGAUGAUUGUGAGCAAAAUAUAACUGGAUUAAAUAGAAAUGCAAAACAGAUUGAGCAGUCAUCUGCAAGUACUGUAGCUUGUCCAUUUAUGAGUGCAUCUGGAAAACAGAUUUCUGUGUCAUAUGCAGCCCUGGAAUCCACCAAGUCAUUCUUCAGUGAAGACAACGAUGAAGUAGAUCACCUUACGGCAGAGAAAAAGAACCUCUCUCCAUUUCAAAGUGCUAGUGGUAAAUCUGUUUCAGUGUCCCAGAAGUCUCUAGAGAUCGCCAAAGCAAAGUUUGCAGAUAACCAUGAAAUGGGAACAUCAGAUUGUACAACUGUAGAAGUAAAGUCGAAGGAAAAACCAUUUUCUCCUUUUCAGAGUGCUAGUGGCAAAACCAUCUCAGUUUCACAGAAAUCACUUGAUAUGGCUCGUUCUAAGCUAGCAGAAACAGAUUCUAUGGAACAAUCUUCAGAAACUUUGAAUAAUGGAAAAAUACAUCCAAAGAUCUCGCCUUUCCAAAGUGCUAGUGGGAAAUCUAUUGCAGUGUCGAAAGAGUCUCUUGAAAUAGCUCCUAAAAGGUUAGAGAAAAAUGACGAAGAAAAUGUUGACAAACCAGCAACACACAGUGGUGGAUCUAGUGUGGUAUUUCAGAUAAAUACUCAGAAGAGGAAGUUAGAGGCCAUGCUGACUCCCAAGAGGCCAAAGAACCAGAGUGUGGGAGACCCCAGAGAGUAUGACAAUCUGGUGCUGCCCGAUGAUUUCUUUGAUGAAAUGGAGACGCCUAACAAGAAAAUUAAGAUGGACUCUGACCAGGAAUCAAACCAGAAUCUAGGUAACUAGUAUAGUGAGAGGAAGAAUUUGACAGCACUUUCAACCGUUCCUGAAGGUUAUACAAAGGACAGGACAAAUUUCUACAGUAAACCAUUAAAAUGUGAAAACCUAAUUGAUGUCCAGAUCAGGAGUGCCCAAUGCAUCAAGGCAGACGAAGCAAAGAAAAACACAGCUCAUGCUGCUACUGCACAAAGCUCCACCUUCAGGACCCCCUACAAAGCAGGAGCGAAUUCUAUCAACACUCCACCUAACCCUGCAGUUAAAUCAGUACAGCCUGUGUUUGUACCCAAAACAAAACCAUCUGGUCAACCCUCCUCUCUAUCAAUAGAAGAAACAAUGAAUGCAGGAAGUACUUGUCAAGCUUCAUGCUCAAAGCAAAGUUCACCUAAUAGGACUGAGGAAGUUAAUACAAAAGGGUACUUAAAUGCUCUGAAGACUGCCAGAAAUAAACAAGAGGAUAUGAUAAAGUCAAAGGCUUCAUGUAAUGUGAAGCCGAGCGCUGGGCGAUUGUUUCAACUGAAAAGUUCAGGACAGAGAGUCAGACUGAGGGAGGUGAUAACUAGAAGUCAGACAAAUACUUGUUUACGCAAUGUUUCUGCACCUGUCUGUUCUGUGAGAGCCUGCAGUGCCGUCAAGCAUAAGUUUUACCUACCAGAUUUUUACAGCAGUGAUGUUACUCAGGUGUAUGUUGGAGAUGGGGCUCUUCUUGUUCCUGAUGAGAAAGGAUUUACCGGUGUGAAGGAGAUGUAUAUAGCCUUUCUGACAAUAGACAGUGUGGACUGCUCCCUGAUCAAUGAGGCAUGGUUCUGUAAUCACUACCGGUGGAUUGUGUGGAAACUGGCAUCAUAUGAAGUUGCUUCCCCUGAUAAGUUUGGUGGCAGGGCUCUGACUCCAGAAAAUGUGAUGCUGCAGAUGAAGUACAGAUACGAUAGAGAGAUAGACAGAUGUCAUAGGUCGGCCUUAAGAAAAAUUAUGGAGAGAGAUGACAUGUCCACCAAACUAAUGGUACUGUGUGUAUCUGGUAUAUGUAGAGAACAGCAGAGUAAGGCUUCAACACCAGCCAACAAACAACAGACUCCUCUAGAAGCUGAGGUGACGGUAGAGCUGACAGAUGGUUGGUAUUGUAUCCCAGCUAAACUGGAUAUCCCCUUACUGGACCUUAUCAAUAAAAAAAGGAUCCAAACAGGGGACAAACUGUGUACCUCAGGGGCAGAGUUAGUGGGCAGUCAGGAUCCCUGUGCCCCAUUAGAGGCACCAGCUUCUCUUCAUUUAAAGAUCAAUUUUAAUUCCACCAGACCAGUCUCCUGGGACACCCUGCUGGGGUUUCAGAAGGAUCCCCGCCCCCUCUGUGUUCCUCUGUCAGAUCUCAAUGGGGAGGGAGGAGUGGUCGGAUGCAUUGAUGUAGUAUUGGGAAGAAAAUAUCCUUUAAUGUAUAUGGAGAAAUUGUCUGGAGGAGGUUCUAUUUUUAGAACAGCCCAGGCUGAGGAAAAAUUCAGUCAGCUUCAUCAGAAACAGGAACAGCAAGCCAAAGAGGCCUUGUACAGGAAACUGGAGGGGAAAAUGGACAAAGAAGACUACGAAGAGAGCUGUGCUGUUAAAAGACAGUGGAGUAGGGGUGAGAUAGAGGAUUUACAGUGUGGACAGGAAGUGUGGGAGGCUCUCCGAACAGCCAAGAGACCCGACAUUGUAGAGGGGUACUUGAGUGAUUCACAGCUGAGAUCAUUAAUGGACUACAAACAAGAACUUCAUCAGGAGAAACUUCAGAGACUUCAGAAUGAAUUCCAAAAAGCCUGGAGUGAUGAACAAGGGGAGGGGAAAAGCAGAAAUGUGGUUCCUCUGUUAAAGCUUAGGGUAGUAGGACUGUCAAAAAAGGAUGUGGAUUCCAAAAUAUCAACAAUAAUCUCGGUGUGGCGUCCAGGACAGGAAGUGACGGAGCUAAAAGAGGGACAGCGAUACAGGAUAUUCUCUCUGUCCACCGCUCAAUCAAGAGCCAAGUUCAGUCAAUACAACAUACAACUUACAGCUAAUAGACAAACCAAAUUCUUACCUGUAAAUGUGGACGAGAAUCUCCUAGACAUGGUGUUUGAACCCAGAGAGGUGCUCUGUGCCUGUGAUUUGAAGAGGCGGCAGCCUAUAUUUGGAGAGCUAGAUAUUGUGUGUUUUAUUGUAAGCAUUGAAUUGGCUGAAAUAAAUGAAAGGAAUCAGGAAGUUUUGUAUGGCAUGGAUAAAAAUGGAGACAUCAUAGGAAUAAAGUUCUGGGGAGGUCUAAAGGCUUUUGGGUUGAACUCUACCCUUACUGUGGGAACAUUAUUCUGUGGUGGUAACCUCCAAGAUAAGUUCCCCUACCGUUCCUCAAUCCUUCCUGUGGUAGAAGCCAGCCUGGAGUUUUCUGUGUUCACCAAGUCCCCCCAGGGGGCCCCACAUAGGAGUGCUUACCAGGUACUGACAGACAGAAUAAAGACUUCAGGGGAGAAGACUCUUGUACAGAGAGGUCAGCAGCUGGUGUCAGAACUAUUGGAGAAGAAGAGGAAUAGGACACUGGGCCAUACACCCACAAAGAAUUCUAUGUGUGAGUCAGCUGACCUUAGAUCAGUGGCCGAGAGUGUCAGUCCCCACCCCCAGCAGUCAGUACACCAGGCUAAGAUGGCCCGCCUCAUGUCUUAUGGAUCCCCCGCUCCUCUGUCUCCGAUCCCCACAAAAGUAACCCCAUCGGCCAGAAAGAAAUUCAAAAUCCCCAAACCUUCAGAUGUGUAACCUCAUCAGCCAGAAAGAAAUUCAAAAUCCCCAAACCUGCAGAUGUCUUGGUGUUUGUUUUGAUUUUUUGUUAUAAUUCCAAAUGUUGACUAUAUGUAUGGUGCUAGCAUGUUGUUUAUAUUAAAUCAAUUAUUCAGUUAGAGUAUACAGUUAAAAUAGAAAAUUGCUUUAUUGCUUUAGUUUAUUAUACUUGUAGUAUGUGCCAAAUACAUAUUAUAUAAAGAAAUUUUCUCAAUUAUUAUAGUAU